UUUUCGGCGUUGGUAGUCCCGAAAAACGGUUUUGUUUGGCGGUAACUGUCAAAAAAUAGGUUAUGAUGUUCAUUUUGGGGUGAUUUUUUGUGUUUUUUAGCGAUUUAAAAUGUAUGUGGAAGAUUUAAAAGAGGAAUUCUAUGAUUUUUUGAGUGGGAAAAGAAUUUUUUUAAUCGUUCAUUAUGAUAUAGACAGUAUAUGUACGUGCAAAAUACUUCAAAGUUUACUAAAAUACAAACAUAUUUUGUACAGUUUGGCCGUAGUGAGAGGUAUAGCUGAUUUAAAAACUGCUUAUCGUGAAAACUGUGAAGAUGUGAAAUAUUUUGUUUUGAUUAAUUCGGGUGGCACUAUAGACAUUGUGGAAGAAUUAGAGGCUGAAGAAGAUGUUAUUUUCUUCAUUUUAGACUCGCACAGGCCUACGGAUCUCUGUAAUAUUUACAGUAACGGGCAAGUGAGGUUGUUGUCUUCGCAGGAAGAAGACGGGGUUGUUCCUGAUUUCCAUGAAAUUUUUAAAGAGGAAUCUGAUUCUGAAGAUGAAGGGUUGCAAUCCGACAAUGAUGAUGUUGUUGGUGAUAGUGGGGAUGAUGGUGGAGGGGAUGGAGGGGAAGAAAGCCACGUUGCCAAACGUCGCAGGUUGAACGAGGAGGCAAUAAUGAAGAGGAGGGAGAAAAGACUGUGGGAGGACAAGAGAAACAAAUUGCUUUUUGAGUACUCCCAAUUCACCUACUACUCCAAAGCUAGUGCAAUUACCAUGUUUACUCUUGCCUGGAAAGUAAAUUUGGACGACAAAAAUUUGCUUUGGCUGGCAAUAGUCGCCCUUACUGAACAAAUGCUUUUCGGGAAAAUCGAAAAUACGCAAUAUGCGCUUGAAAUAGGUACUUUACAAGCUCAUGCAACAAGGUUGCACAACAAAACUAACGAUACGGACGUUCUAACAUCACUUAAAAUAAACUUUGAAAAAGAUUUGAAGCUAUCUUUGUACAGACACUGGUCAGUGGAAGAAAGCCUUAAAUAUUCCAUGUUUACCGCGGUAAAAAUGAAGUUGUGGUCCUUAAAAGGCGACAAAAAGUUGCAAGAACUAUUGGCAAACAUGGGUUUUCCUUUGGUUCAAACCAGACAGGCAUUUAAAUCCAUGGAUUUGCAAUUAAGGAAGGAGUUUCACGGGUCUUUAGAGAAGUUAUCAGAUAAAUACGGUCUACAGGAUAUUAUUUAUGCCUCUUUCACUUUAAAAUAUGGUUAUAGGAAUAAAUACUGCGCAUCCGACAUUGUCUAUGCGUUACUAGCAAUUUUGGAAGCUUCGCCUAGGGAGAAAAAAAUGGAGGAGUGCUUCAACUUGUCCUUGGACUGCCUUUCAAGGACGAAAAAAGACUUGACCGACAACGCAAUAGAAAAAGCCAAAGUCAUCACAAAAACGUUGUUCAAGACUGUGCAAAGUGCAUUGGACAUGAAACAAAUAAUUACCGCGGGCCCUUUUAUCUACUACAUUAUACAUGAAGGUUGCCUGGAUUGGUACAUGUUCUCCCACCUCCACGUUCUCUCCCUGCUGGCGCAGUUCAUCCUGCGCGCCUACGUUGCCAUGUCGCGCAACAAACGCGCGGCAACACUGCCUCUGAUAGUGUCCGCUCCGAAGCAGUUAGAGAUGGGAACGUGCGUUAUACUGGGAAUACCGCCUCUAUGCGAGAACUCGCCCAAAAGUUUUUUCGGUAAGGCGUUCGAACAGGCAGCUGAAAGAAUUCGAAUGGAGCCUGGAAGUGAUUUUUUCGAUACCUCUUAUUUUGAAUUGCAUACGAAAGAUAGAACUAGAUUUUUUGAUGCCCUUACGGCCCUUUUAACAUAGUUAAUUUAAAUUUGUGAUAAUUAUUUGAUUUUAAAUUAAGCAUUUUUUGUUUGUUUUAUCGUUAAAUUCACAUAAUUUUUCCACUGUACAUAGUAUUUAUUUAAUUUGUAUAUAUUUUUUUGAAUUUCACCCAUUAAGAUUUUUUUUACCAGUAAUAAAU